AUGGAAGCGCGGUUACGGAAGUUGCUGUCGCCCCGAAGACACAAAGCGCAGCGGCGAAAUGAUGCUGCUCCCGAGUUGGAUCUACAUAGCGUCCCGUACACGACAGCUCCACCACAGAGCCGAAUACCUCUGUUCAACAAGUCCAGCGGUGUGACAGCAAAGCAAAGCAAAGUCAACCCGCCUCCAGAUCGUCUGCGGUCUUUGUCUUAUGAUGAGGCCGCACCCGGGAAGCCGCCUGAGCUGGGAGACCGACCUCACCGGGGGAAUGGUCCUGUUAAGCUUCAGACAAGUCGUCGCCUGAGCUCUGGGGAACUGCUGGUCACGGAACAAGACUACGAUCGCACACUGGAAGACAUCAAACAGGGCGAGUAUAUCGUCGGUGGCAAGGAACGAAGGACUUCCCACACCUCCUCACAGCAAAAGUCAUCCACGGAGCCGCCCCAUGCCAAGUUCAUCUCGACUGCUCCCAAUUCCCCUCGGGAUCAAGUCUUCUUUUCCAGUCCCAUCUGGCAGCCUCCAUCUGUACUUAGUGAUAUGGCACCACCCACGUCUUCCAGCUGGGCCUCAAGCAGCUUCGGCCCCCAAGAACGUUCACAGUCCGCCCAGGAGUUUCAUUCUCACGUUCUCAGCCCUGGUUCGAGCCACCACGGGCUCGGCAUCUCCAGCCCAGCCCAGUCAUUCUUCUCGCCCUACAUGGCGUCAACCACGUCCCUCCUCGAGCCCCAUGAGGAACAGAACCCAACGAUCCAAGCGCUGUGGAAGGCUGAAUACGGCCGGCUAGUCUCCAUAUACGGACAAGCGGGCGUCGACCGGACCAUAGGGGAGCUCAACAGAGACCGAGCUCAGGCGCUUGGGCCACCGCCGUUGCUCUCCACCCGCGACAGCCCUUACUCUGCGUCGUCAAUGUCACUGAGCCAAAUCAUUCAGCGGCCGCCAGAAUCAGUGAGACGUGGCCUAGGAAUCAAGGCCUCCGGAUCGACGCCCAACCUCGACCUCGCCUAUAUGGACGAACACUCUGAUCGCUCGUCUCACGCCAGAUAUUCGCACCUUUCUUCGAGCGGGGCGUCAUCUUCCUUUACGACGCGGACGAGCAUCGCCGAAGACCCCAGCAUCAGCAGAGACGAUAUUCGAAAGAUUGUAGACGAAAUGCGCACAACCUAUCUUCAUGCCAUCGAAGCUCAUACUCCUACCAAGCCUCUGCCUGAUGUGCCGGUCAAGAAGUCUCGAUCCAAGAAGCAGACUCCUUCGCUCGUGUCGUAUGCCUCUGUAGAUAGCAGUCUAAGAUCAGCAAGUCGGCAGUCAACUACGCGCACUAAAUCAUGGCAAUCAUCGACGACUCUUACGACGACCCCACGGACAUCUGUCUCGUCGCCUGUGAUCAGAUCGAAACGGACAAGCUCCGCAACGAGUCGACGAACCUCGGGGCAACCUGUAGCCGGCAUUGCUACACUGCCAGCCAUUCAAGCCAGCCCGGCCAAAUCGCACAGAAGCGGGACGAGGAAGCAGAAUGAUGGUGAUGUGGGCUUGAAACGCGCCGACUCCACCACAUUGGGCGUCAUGGCUCGAAAGCUGACGAUCCUCGACGACCGCCAGUCGAGCACCUCGUCGCAGCCCACCGUUGGAUCGCCUCCUACAAUCUACAACUCAUCGAGGUCCGGUUCGGAUUCGUGUUCUGAGGAGAGUCGUCCAUCAGUGUCGCCUCCACUCUCGCCCGCCAAACCCUCGUCUGUGCAGCACACUCCCGAGAAACACAAGCCAGCGAUACGCGAAAUUUCACCCCUCUCAAAGCAAUCGUGGCAGAUCGACGUCGACCAGAUCCUGCCGGACGAGGAGCUCGAGUUGGCCCUGGACAUUGACGAUUUCGAAGCGUUGUGCGACGGCCUCUUCAACACGCCGGCCAUGGAGGCGGAACCGCAAUUCAACGUGCUCCGAACAUGGAGUGGCGACGGGAAAGCAGAAGACGGUGAUGAUGUCCUCGGCAGUGAUGACGGUGAUACGAUCGCCAUCGACAGUCCCACAUUAUUGAAGAUGCCGCCAGUCUCGAUCGACCAGAGGGGUCUUAGUCUGACUGGACUUCCCACGAUGAUAUGA